UGACGGGUCCGUUCCGGCGUGAGGCGCAGGGACCCGCGUCUCCGCUCCCGUGGGAGGCCCGGGGCUCGCAGCGCGUUCGGGUGCCAGGGACGGUGGGUGUAUGGGGUCUGGGCUGGCGCUGUGCUCUUCGAGAGGGACCCUAAGCUGUUCCAGGGCUGGUAGAGAUGGCGAAAAGAGAAUCCGCCCUUUGGAGCCGGAAUGACUUUGGACAACUGCAAGCUCUUUUCUGUCCAACUGCAUUUUAGUUAUACCCAAGGAGUGGAAAAGUAAAUUAUUCGAAUAAUGCAGUUUAGCCACUUUCGAACAAAAUCGAAGGUUAACCUGAAUAUCCACAUUUUUGAGAAAGACUGUGUGGGCUUUGGGACGGGUGGCAGGAGGAAACAGGGCGCACUUAAAGUAUUUUAAAUAUUGUUUUAAAUAUUUUUGCUCUUUGAGAGAUGGUAAAUGGGAUUCGUCUGGUGGUGCUGGGGUGGGGCGUGGGGGAGAGAAGAUUUAGUCGCCCAUUUGGAGGGAGGAAUCCCUUCCUUCCGGUGAUCCUUACUCAUAUUCUAGCCACCAACCACGGUUAGUGCCUGCGGAUUGCCGUGCAGGGUAGGUUUCGAAUCUGGGACAGCGGAUGGUGAACGUUACAGUGAGAGUCAUUUGGAAGAUGCCUUAGGGUUGGCCGAGCCGAGCUGCUGCCCUUGACUGGUGCUCAGGGGACCACAGCUGCAAUGACAGUUUGGGCCUGCAAAAAGAAGGCUGGAACAACGGGAGAUGGAAGCAUUCUGCAAAUGGUGUUCAAAAUGGCUUCAGAUCUUAUCAGGACAAUCUUGGUUGUUGCACUAAUUUCCAAACUUGGCACAGCUGUAGAUGCAGAACUGAUGCCAUCUGGUGCGAUUCUACAGAAUAAGAGAGAAAAUUUACCCAGAGUGUGCCAUGCACUGGCUUUUCUGGGAAUGGCAAGGUGCCAGGAUUUGUUUUUGGUUCGCUUGCAGGGGUGGAAACUUGGAACUAGGUUCCAAGAUGGUCCCCGCAGCACCCCACAAGAAGAAGGAGGAAGCCCACAGAGAAAACGGGGCAUGCCAGUUCAAAUCCACUUCCUUUUAAAGAGCUUCCUCAGCAGCCCGAUAACUUUUGCCUUCAUCUCAUUGGCCAGAACUGUGUCAUUGGCUACUGCUAUCUGCAAGAUUGUCUGAGAAAUGUAGUUUUUGUAGCUGGAUAUAUAACUGCCUUUGACAAAAAUCCAGUUUUUCUUGAUGAAGAAGAAGAUGGUGGUGGAUCUUGGGAGGACAACUAACAUUUUAUGCCCUGGCUACAAAAUACAGUUGCAGAGGAGCAUAAAGUUCAAAAAGAUCAAAACUCUAGUUCCUUCACAACUGUCAAAGCUCCAAGCAGCACUGCUCCCCUCUGACAGAGUGAGCAGAGUGAAGGCAUGUCAGGUGUUCUCACAAAACUCUUGACAGGGCUGACCUCUCUCAGUCAAUAUCCUUGUCCCACAUCAGGAUUUUCUAGAGGGCCCUGGGUACCUGUGCACUUCCUUGGUGGCCAUAACCUCUUUGUGGAGGGUUGGUGUAGGAUAAAGAAUGUUCUAUUACGCUGCUCCCUCAUCUGCAUCAUUUCUCUCCUCUCUAAUUUUCCUGUCAGUUAUAUUUUGGUGGAGUCUGGGUUUGUGUAUUUGAUUCCUAUAAAAAGACCAUCGCUUUCAUGCAUGGAGGAGGGGAAUCUACGCAAAGAAAGGCUACCUUACUCCUUUCUGUGACUCCACCACCAGUCUAGGAAUAUCCUGGGAGAAGAAUUGCCUCUCGAAGCUUCUUCUAUAAGCAGCCUACAUCCUAGCUAAGCAAAGAAGAAACACUUCCCACAUCUAGGGCUGUCUAAAAGAACUUUCUGUGAUGACAGAAAUGUUCUAUAUCUGCAGUGUCCAAUGUGGUAACCAUAUAGGCACAUGUGGCUAGUGAACACUUCAAAUGUGGCUAGUGUGACUGAGGAAGGAAAAUUUAAAUUUUGUUUAAUUGUAAUUAAUUUAAAUUCAGAUAGCCAAAUGGGGCUACUAGCUAUUGUGUUAGAUAGCACGGUAUACUUUAUUCUCUUUCUUGUGUUGUAGAACCAGCUGGGAGAGGUGUGGGUCAGUCAUGGGCUUGAUAUCCCCUGGUCUUCACUGUUCUAGCUUGCCACUGAACUUGUCUCCCAGAGGAAAAGAAAGAAUGGUAUUUGGAAUUAAAUUCAAGAUGUUAACUUGACAUCUAUAUGUUGCACAUAUUCCUGUAUAGUGAAUGGAUGGUCUCCUGGGAAUAGUUCCUGUGACUGAUUUUAGUGAUAAUUGAUCAUGAAGAAACGGCAGUACUGCUCCACUUCACCUUCCUAGUGACUAUUAUGUGUUCCUAGUCAGAGUGACUCAGCAGAGAUUAUUUUGUUCUCUUGUGCAAUUUAUUCUGUGUCAUUUUAUUUUUGUAAUAUUGUGGCAGCUAAAUGAUUAUUCUGUGUAUGUUUUUCAAAAUAUUAGGUGGCUUAUAUUUUUUAAAAGGCUAUGAAAUAAAAAUAAACUAUAUGUAACACA